ACAAAAGUAAACAAAAAUAUUCAUUGGAUUCAUUACGUGAACGUUUGCGACUCUCAAGUCAAAGUUGGGGCUACAUUUUUCAUUAAAAAGACUGAUAAGAUCACAAAAAACAAGUCCUGCAUAAAUCCAGCCUUUCAAUAUGCCAAAGGUUGUGUCAUCAUCAUUGGUAUGCACUGAUAGCAAGGACAAGGAAGAAUACAGCAAUGACAAGCCUCUUCACACUUACUACUGUCUGUGUGGGCAGAUGGCUGCUGUCAUUGACCGUCCUCUCGAGAAGCUGCCACUGCGGGCUCGAGACGGUGCGCGCGUCAUCGACGGCAGCAAGCACGCGCACAAGCUGACCUUCCUGGACGACGAGGUGGUACACCUGCGCCGCGAGGAGGGCAUCGAGGAGCAGUUCCGCAAAAAGUGCUCCAAGUGCGGGCUGUGGCUGUACUACCGGCACGGCAGCGCCAGCAGUAACGUCACGUUCAUCGUCCAGGCGGCGCUGGUGCAGUCGGUGCAGAGCAGCAUCUACAACCAGGUGACCAGCGCAGCCAAGGCGGAGAAGGUGAUGAUCACAAAGCACACCAAGACGAUGGGCAAGUUCUCAUCGGUGACGGUCUCCACGAUGGACGAGGAGGAGGAUGAGAUAGAGGACCGGGAGGUGGCCGACUCGUACGCGCAGAACGCGCGCAUCAUCAAGAAACAGCUGGUGCGGAAGGGCAUGAUGAAGCGCGACAACGAGCCCGAGCAGGAGGAGGCUGCGGCCAAACGGCAGCGCGUGAAAGGCACCCUGCUCAACCACUGACGCACCCCACCCCUGCCCGUGUCAUCACCGUGUCAUGAUAUCAUCCACAUCGCUCGCCGUUCAUGCAUUGUGUAAUUGUGUAUAUCGUGUGCUUAUUGUUGAUGCAUACGUGCAAAUAUAAGGUCAUCGCUCACGA